UUUAUGAUCUACAAGCCUGCCGCAAACUGACAACGUCAAGGACGGCCAAGAAUUGUCCACUGGCUCCUGGAAACAAUAAGUGAAUGGAAUGGAUGCUGCAAUUUGAGGACGCCGUAUCAUCAUGUUCUCAACUACUUUGGCUGGCUGGCGGCCAGUCGUCCGUAUCGUUCGGGGGACGACAUGCCUGUGGUGGGCGGCUUUAACCCCUCCGCGUUUUCCCUUUCAGACAGGAACAGCCAACCCCCUACACAACCCACCUUUACCUCCCCUACCACCAAGCUGGUCUCCGCGAAUCGCUGCGCAGUUUGCCGCCUGUAGCCACGGGCUGGUUCACAAGGGUAUUGGACACGGAGAGAAUAUCAUCAUCGGCUUUGACCUGCCGCCGGGAAGCAAAGUAUCGACAGGCGCGGCAAUCUACAUCAUUUGCCGCUCCAAGGAAGUGUUUGGGCAGGAUGCGGAUGUGUUUCGACCUGAGCGGCGCUUGGAGGCCAAAGAAGCUGCCAGGCUUGAAAUGGAAACAUCCGAGAAGGACGGAAUAGCAGCGUCAGGGCUGGGAGAGGCAGGAAGACACUCAGAGAGAUGGAAACCACGCUGAUUUUCGGGUCAGAGUGGAUGGGAGGUGAGGGAGCGAGGGAAUCCCCGGGUGUGUUUAUGGAGGGAGAGGGCGUUUGGAAUUUCUAUUGAGGGUUGAUGGUAAACUGGAAGAGCUCUUGCGAUCGCUACAAAGGGAGCACCAUGCGCAUCAUGGAAUCGAUUGUCGGACAGAUGUCUUGCAACGUAUGAACGACGGUCUUCCCUACUAUCAGUGGACAGACUCCGUACUAUA